CUUUGGGCGAAGCCCUAGCUCGAUGUCAAUGUCAUGCAACAGAUCUGGCGCAGCGGCAAAAGCUCAGUCUGGGCAAAGCACCUUGCUUGCACUGGCAGCAGUAGGGGGAAUGCUUUGAAAUUUGAAGUCUGAUCGAACCUUCUUUGUGCAGCAAAGUGUCAUCGAAACGUGAAGGCGCAGUCUGCAAGGGGGGCAUCAUGAUCAUUGAUGUCAUGGUGGUAUGAACCAAUGCUUGGCCUUCGCUUUGGUGCAAGGGAUCUUUCUUGACACGCCAUGUUGGAGCAGCAGCUUGGUCCUGUACUGUGGUGCAGAAUUGCAUACCAUCCAUAGUAGCAAUCCUCUCGGUUUUUGGAAGUAUCACAAGGCAUCAACCUCUGCUUAAUCCUUUGAAAGCAAUGGGUUCUCCAGGAAAAGAUCUGACCAGUCGCACCGCCUUCUUCGGAGCUUCUCUGCUGCUUCUUCUGUCCCAAGCGUUUUCAAUAAGUGCCGAGCCCCUCGGUAGGUCGGCGCUCGGAAUCGGUCAAGUUAGGUCAGGUCGCCAGCUUUUCCAAGAGUUAUUUCCAGCUCCGGGAAGUGCAAAUAUCACUACAAACUUGACAAGUGUCAAUGCGACGAGCCCUCAGCCUGGAUUGGCACCACUCAUAGCGCCCAGUCCAGGGGCACCGCUCAUGGCGCCCAGUCCAGAGGCAGUGUUCGUUCCUGAGCCGCGAUUCUCCUGCGGCGUUGGAGGGCCAUGUCUCAACGGGGGGGAGCCCAUGUUCAUCGAGAUCAACGGGAAUGUUUCGUGCGUCUGCAACUGCACGCUCGCUAUCGGAUUUGAUGGCGACCACUGUGGGAUUCCUCGGCAGAUCUGCUCCUCUGACGGGUUCUAUUGCGCCAACGGGGGAGUGUGUGGCGCCCCCUCCAAUCUUGGGGGGGCUUUCGUAUGCCACUGUCCCAUUGGCUACUACGGGCUCCAGUGCAAAGAAAAGGGGGUGAUUUGUACGGCGUCGUUAAUCUGCAAAAACGGAGGGACUUGCAACGCCACUGCGGCGGGGUUGCCCCAGUGCGUCUGCCCUGCCGGGUUCAGCGGAGAGGAUUGCGGGCAGGACGCAAUGACACCGUCUGGUACUGGGCCUGCAUCCCUGUUCAAAGGAGAGGGCGACAAGGCGAAUCCAGUGGGAGUCGCUUUUGGUGUGAUUGGCGGGUUGCUGGCUGUCGGGUUGCUGGCGGUCGGUGGGGUUUACUGCUGGCGCCGUGUGCAGAAACGCCGAAGUCCGUACUCGUUCGACUAUCUGUACAACCAGCAGAGUGCACCCAUGACAGGCGGGGCGUUUUCAGAGGUCCAGAUGGAAGACUUGAAUCCCGAGCAAGAGUAUCGGAACGGAUCUAACAUUCAUAAUACGUCACUGAACUACUGAUGCCUUGCACUGGCUACUGACUGCGGAGCAACUGCUACUGUCGCCUUUUGCAAAUCGGACUGCUCGUCUUGUUGCACAGGUUCCCUUUUGCAAAGAGGGAUUGUCUUAUAGAUGCAUGCUCUAUGCCAUAAUUGCUAGGAUCCUGUAUCCAACCCCUAGCUGCAAUCAACACGGG